AUGGCCGGGCCAACCGUUGUGCCCGCGAGCCUCAGGGCGACCGCACUAGAGGCCUUCAUGGUGCUCCACCUGAGGAUGAGAGCAGUGGAAAGGCAAACCAGUGCCCUGGUGCCAGACCUGGAGGCACUCAGUAUCGAUGGGCAGAGCCUCAAUCAUUUCUACUCAGAGACCUCAGAAACACCUGAUAGCCACGCAGCCACUAGCCCUGUGCAGGCCAGGGUAGUGUCUGUGGGAGAAAAUACACUGUGGAAAGACUGUGAAACACUGAUGAAUUGAAUGUGUUGGUUAAGUGUUGUAUAGACACUGAAAUUAAGUAUCUUCUGGCUGCAGACAGAAAAGGAGCUGAAUCUAAAGCAUGCAGGUAGUAAAAAAGGGCAGUUUUACCACUUGAUAGAUGUAGCAAUCAUGACUGAGGAACUGAGGAACACAAAACAGAAAAUUAACUGUAGACUUCAGGAGGUAAAACAGCUGUCUCAGGAGAUCAGCCAGCAGGAGUCUUUGGAGGAAUCCCGAGAUACUGUCAGGUGUCAUGUACAGAACAUGCAAACAGUAAAAGCAGAAGGAAGCAGAAGAAAUCAUGUAGUCAAACUUGCUGCUCGAAGUAGGAGUAUCGCAAACAACAGACUGGGGCAGUGCUGGCUUUGUCUAGCAGAGUUCAAGGACUGUGAUUCCAUGGCUGCUUUAGAUUCCAGGAACUGUAUAAUUUCCCAGCUUGGUGAAGAAGCAAAAGUAAUAUGUAAACAAGUGUUGAAUGCAAAGCUGUCCUUUAUCAAACAAUGCAAAGAGAACCUGCAACUUCAGUCUAAAAUGACUGCCAUGGGAGAAACAGAGGAAGUACGGGUCCUUGAUGACCCCUUAAACCAGCAAUGCUCAGAGCUCAGUACCACACUCCAAAGCAUUGCCAUGGAGAAUGCCAAACUCAUUUCAGCUCAUCAGAGCAUGCUUAGGGCAGAACAAGAAAAGACACGUAAACUGCAAGAACAAGAUUCGCUUCUGAAUGCUGCCCAUGCCAGCACUCAGCUGCAGAGUGUGCAGCGUGAGGGGGCUCAGCUUCAGAGAGAGCUGGAGGCCCUGCGUACAGAGCAUGGCCAGUACAGGCAGAAAGCAAGCCUUGCUGAGGAGGCAGCAACUACCCACGGUAGACAGCUUUUGGAAUGCACUGUUGCUAGACUGCAAGGUGAAUUUGAGACAGAUUUGCAAGAGAAAGGGUCUCUGCUGGCAGAAGGGGAAGACUGUCAACAGGAGGUACAGAAAACUUACUUUCAUUUUGAACAAGAUGAAUGUUCAAGAAACUCUGUGUCUGCAUGUGGAGAUUGUCCUAGGGUGAGACGGAGGAUUCUGAUAAAUGCUAUAAAGAAUAUGGGAGAAAAACUGGAGAAUAUAACAGACAUGCUCACUCCACGGAAACCUGGACGGCCUACUGAGAUUAACGAAGGAGACGGUAAUGUGAUGGCAAACCUGCAGCACCAGCUGGACACAGCAAAGGAUGGUAACAGUAAGGCGACAGCCAUGCUGGAGCAUGUGUUAGCUUCUCAUAACAAGAUGCAAGCAGCUCUGGAAAUGGUACAGACGGAGCUGGGACACAAGAACACUGAAAUCAGCAACCUCAGAAAAGACAAGAGGCAGACUCAACGAAAACUACAGAGGUUAGAAACAGAAUUGGAACAUAGCCAAGCCCAAGUGGUUGUCAUGGAAAGGCAGCACAGAAGCCAGGUGGAAGCACUUUGUAAGGCACUAGAAAGUGCUAAAACAGACAACAAGAAACUCGUUAUUCAUUUGGAAGAAGUUCUGCAGGUCAGUAAUACCUUGCAGAGCCAUCUAAUCCAAACUCAAUAUGAACUGAAAAGUAAAGAAACUGAGCAUCAACAGCUGAUGGUCUGCAGAGAACAGUUAAUGGAAAAAGCCAAGACUGCGGAAAAGUUAUUUGCUGAACAAUUAGAGUCUUUGAAAAAGCAGUUUCAAAUUGAGCAAGAGGCUUCCAGGAAAGCUGCCUGUCAAGAAUCUGCUGUGGUAAAGAAAUCCCUUGAAGAAACCUCCUCCAAAUUGGCUCAAGUUUCCCGUGCUAACAGGGAGUUGCGGCAGAAAGUAACAGAGCUGGAAAAGUCUUUGUCCAGUUACAGGGAAAAACUAACAAGCCAAAAAGCUCAAGUGAGACAAUGCCAGGCCUGUAAAGCUAACACAGAAAGGGUAAAGGAGACUGAAUCUGAACUGAGGAAAAUGAAGGCAAUACAAGAGGAGUAUCAGAAGAAGAAUAAUGAACUAUCACAGGACAUCCAGAAACAUGUGUCAGAGUUGAAAAGUGUGCAGAGUGAAAUGCAAGAGUUGUUGAAAAAACAACAUGAAGUGCAAGAGCAAAACGGGCAGCUGGAGACCCAGCUGGAAGCAGAGAGAACGCAAAGGCAGCAGCUGGAAAACAAAUGUCAGAAACUGCAAAAAACAGCCAAACAUCUGAAGAAAUAUAAAGAUGAGACAGAAAAGAAACUGAAGGAAGCCAGUAUAGAGUCAGAACAGAUCACAGCUAACCUAGAAGCAGCUCACCAUUGGUUCAAAUGUAAGUUUGACAGCCUGCAGAUAGAAGUUGUGAAAAGCCACCAGCCAAAGAACCCUGAGGAGAGCAGCUCCAAAAAGGAGGAGGAAAAGGAAGAUGAGCUUCCCCCUCCCACCUCCCCGGCCAGCAAGGGUGAGGAGCCGCUGCCCCCAGCUCAGCUCCAGGAAGGCCCACGUGAGCUGCACAGGAAAUGA